GCUUAAAGGUUUCAAAUAAUGAAAGAGAAGAAACUAUUGCCAAUACACCCAUGGAUUACACCACACUCUUCAAAAAAUGUUGGUCAUCUAGACCUGAUCUACGUCCAUCAUUGAACGAUAUUUUGCCUGAACUCGAGAGGUUAUCAAAAAAAAACCCCGUAGAAUUCAUUGCAAAUGUUAUUGAUAGUGAUGGAGAAGUUACACAGUUAAUUUCCAAAGCUUCAUCUUCCUCAAGAAACCCUAUACUAUCUAAAAAUGCGAAUACUUUAAUAGACUCAGGAAACUUGAUUCUUUCGAAUGAUAAUGGCCGACAAAGCAUGUCUCUUAAAAACAUUUCUGCACUAUCUCAACAUGCAGAUAGUUCGGAAGAAUUGCUUGAAAGGAAUAUUAAUGAUGGACAAAAAAAUUAUAUUGGACUUAAUAAACCAAAAUCAACUAAAG